AUGACCUCUCGGCCAUCAACAUCAUCCAGUUACGCAUCUAUAUCGUAUCAAAAUGGAUACAGUACAUCCGCUUCCCAGUCCAUCUAUGGUACCACUACUAGAUCAAGUACAACUCGCCCAGGCACUACUCGCCCAGGUACCCGUCGCAGUUCUCGUACUGGUUCAGUCUUCGGAGGCGGCGAGUCUCAACAGAUCAUAUGCGCCAUCAGUGAAGGCCGCGGCAUUACUCCUACCGUCGGACUUUCAUUUGUGAACAUUUCCACUGGCGAGGCAGUCCUGAGCCAAAUUUGUGAUAAUCAGUUCUAUGCCAGAACUCUGAACAAGCUCCAAGUUUUCGAGCCUACUGAAAUCCUAAUUGUUUCCACUGUUGCCCCUCCAAAUCCCAAAUCAAAGAUGUACCAGAUUGUCGAGGAGAAUAUUUACGGGGCCAAAAUGGUCGCUAUAGACCGUAAGUACUGGUCGGAAACUUUGGGUCUUGACUUUAUUCGGCAAUUAGCAUUCAGUCAAGAUCUGGAGGCCCUCAAGGUCGCAAUUGGCGGUAAUUAUUUCGCAACGUGUUGUUUUUCUGCUGCUCUGAAAUACAUUGAACUGAAGAUGUCCCUAACUUUUGCAUUUCACUCUCUUCGAAUCAAGUAUCAACCUUCGGAGGGCACAAUGAUGAUAGAUUUAUCCACUAUUCGAGCUUUGGAGCUUAUUCAGAACAUCCAUGAUACUAAAUCAAAACAUUGCCUGCUUGGAUUGAUGAGUGAGACAUUGACACCGAUGGGCUCGCGACUUCUCCGAAGCAGCAUACUUCAACCUUCGACGCAGUCAGAUGUGCUAACACAGCGUUAUGAAGCGGCCGAGGAGCUCUUGUCUCAUGACGAUAUGUUCUAUCAGACGAGACAAGGUUUAAAAUCUUUCAACGAUAUCGAGAAGCUAUUGACUUUGCUAAUUACCAUCCCUAUGGAUCCUAGUAUACGCCACUCAGAACAAGCUAUCAACCACAUCCUGAUGCUGAAGAAUUUCGUGGAAGCGGCUCCAAAGCUCUUCGAGGUCUUGGGGGGCGCCCGAUCAGAGCUUCUGGUGACUAUUCGAGAGAACUGUCGGCCUGGGAAUAUUGACCCCACCACCCAGUUGAUCAAAGAAGUAGUCAAUGAUGAUGUGACAUAUCAAAAGAAGCCCCUAGAUCUACGAAAUCAGAGAACGUAUGCGGUUAAGGCUGGUGUCUGUGGUUUUCUCGAUGUAGCACGUCAAACUUUCAAAGAAGCCACCGAAGACGUCCAUCAACAUGUCACCGAGAUCAAUCAACAACACGAAAUGCAAGCAGAGACGCGGUAUGAUACUUCUCGGUAUUACUAUUUACGAGUCCGAGAAAGCGACUUUGAUGGCCGAACUCUUCCAGACAUCUUGAUCAAUUGUUUUCGAAAAAAAUCUUUCAUCGAAUGCCAGACCUUGGCACUUGUAAAGCUCAACCAAAGGAUUGCGGACUCGCAUCAAGAAGUUGUUUUAACGAGCGACAAAACUAUUCAGCAACUAUUAGACGAUAUCCGUGGCGAGAUCCCAAGUCUUUUCAAAGUUUGCGAGAGUAUUGCUAUGCUAGACAUGAUUGCCGCAUUUGGACAUUUGGCUAUAGUAAAUGAAUACGUCAAACCCGAGAUCGGAGAUUGUCUUAUGAUUGAAUCUGGUCGUCAUCCAAUUAAAGAAAGGGUUCAUAAGGGAAAGUUUGUCCCCAAUGAUGUGUAUGCAACACAGCAGUCUCGAUUUCAGAUAAUAACUGGGUGCAACAUGAGCGGCAAGAGCACAUAUAUUCGGUCUAUUGCUCUCAUGUGUGUCAUGGCUCAAAUUGGCAGUUUUGUACCCGCCCGGUUCGCGCGAUUUCCCAUCAUUCGUCAGAUUUUCGCACGAGUAUCGAUGGAUGACAGCAUUGAUGCGAAUGUGUCAACCUUUGCAUCUGAGAUGAGAGAAACAGCCUUCAUACUCAGGAACAUUGAUCAGCACAGUCUCGCUAUAAUUGAUGAACUCGGUCGAGGAACGAGUACACGAGACGGUCUUGCAAUUGCGCUGAGCAUUGCAGAGGCCCUAGUUGAAAGCAAAGCUUUAAUAUGGUUUGUAACUCAUUUUCGUGAACUCGCCCAAGUUAUGCAUCACCGCCCUGGGGUAGUCAACCAGCACCUCGCUGUCGAUAUGGCUGAGCCGAAUUCGAUGACCAUGCUCUACAAGGUCAAGAGUGACUUUGUACGAGAAGACCACUACGGGCUCGCACUAGCCCGUGUGAUGGAUCUCCCGGCACAAGUUUUAGAAGUCGCAGAAAAGGUUACGAAAACACUCGAUGAUCGUGCCGCAGCCAAGAAAAAGUGUUCUAUGGCUAUAGCUCUUGCUAAGAGGAGGAAGUUAGUCCUGAGUCUGAAAGAGACUCUGUCUCAAGCCGCUGAUAGCCCCAUGGAUGGGGCUGUCUUGUUGAGCUGGCUGCGGAAGCUGCAAGAGGAGUUUAUCAGGAGGAUGUACCAGAUUGACAAUGAGGUUUCUACGGGUGACUCAGAGAAUGAGGAUGACGUGGAUCCCGGGGAGGACAGGAUGAUAGGCGAGGAAGUUACCACAGCAGCAGAAUCUCGGUCUAGUAAUACCUCAGAGCAUGAGUAG